UUUUGAUACUAUAUAAAGACCAAUUUUUAGGCAUCUACAUUUACUUUUAUGUUUUUGAAUAUUUAGGUAAAAUUUGAUAGAUUUUCAAAUUUUAUCAUGUUUAUUCAUAACGGGUUUAUUGUGAUAUUAAUUUUUCUUUUUUUGUUUGAAAACGUCCCUAUAUAUGCAGGAAACCAUUUUCGAAUUUUUGGUGGAAGCGAGACAUCUAUUGAGAAACAUCCAUGGAUGGUUUCACUUCAGCAUUCUUCUCUAGGUCAUUUCUGCGGUGGAUCUCUUAUAAACUAUGACACGAUUUUAACAGCAGCACACUGUAUUAUAGGAGAUUCUGCCUCUUUCCACCUUGUUGCUGGAACUUCCCGGUUGGUCGAUAAAGGUUUUACCUUAAAGAUAAAAAAUAUAACAGUACAUGAAAAAUGGACCAUGUCUCCGAACCUAAAGAAUAAAUAUGAUAUAGCAAUUAUUAAGUUAGCAGAAAAAGUGAAGUUUUCAAAAAGGGUAAAAACCAUACUUCUACCAGAUCAAGAUAUUAAAGUGCCAGUAGGAACAGCGCUUGUAGUGGCAGGCUGGGGAGAUAUUGGGUCACAUGGGCCACAGUCAGAUGUUUUAAAGGAAGCUACAGUUUCUGUUAUGGAGUCGGACAGUGAACGCCUAAUAUAUGCAUGGGAUAAAAAGUCAGGAGUUUGUUCGACUGACUCUGGAGGACCCUUAGAACUAAAUGGUACAUUAGUGGGUAUUGUAUCAUUUGGUCCAGCAAAAUGUGAAGAAAAUAGUCAACCUGCAGGAUACACAAACGUUGCAUUUUUCCGUGGAUGGAUAAAAGAAACACUGGAAUAUUACGAAUAAGCAACAAUAAUAAUAUCUUGACAAUAUGAUUGAAUUGUAAUUAUCUAUUAAAUAAUACAGAUAAACUAAAAA